CAAUUGUUCAAAUUCCUAAAUCUGUUCAAGUUGAAGAAGUUAUAGAUGAAGAAUAUAUUACUGAAUAUGAAAUUGAAGAAAUUGUCAAAACGGAUAGUAUUGAAUUAACUAAAGAAAGUGAAGUUAAUAUUAUUAAAGAUACUAUUUCGAUUUCUGGCAAAU